AUGCCCGUCCCCCUCUCCUUACACGACGCCCAGGCCCAACUCCUCUCCGCCCUCGACUCCCGCCCCGGCUCGCGGCGCCUCAAGCAAAUCCUCGCCCUUGCCAUCGCCACCGGCCUCCUCUGCGACCCCUUCGUCUCCGCCCGCGCUGUCGCCACCGCCGCCCCCUCCGACCUCCCCCUCGCCCAUCUCGCCUUCCGCGCUGCCUCCCCCCGCCCCUCCGCCUUCGCCUUCGCCGCCCUCAUCCGCGCCCACUCCGCCGGCCCCUCUCCCGACCUCGCCCUCCACCUUUUCUCCGACAUGCUCCGCACCGGCCUUUAUCCCGACAGUUUCUCCUUUCCCUUCCUCCUCCGCGCCUCCACCCGCCUCCACGCCGACCCUUCCCCGGGCCACGCUAUCGCCCUCCGCCACGGCCUCUCGUCUCACCCUCACGUCGCCACCUCCCUCCUCCACGCCUACGCUGCCCUGGGCCUCCUCGACGCCGCCCGGAGGGUGUUCGACGAAACGCCCCAGAGAACCACGGUCACCUGGAACGCCAUCAUCUCGUGCCACGCGAAGUCCGCGUCGCACGAGCGUGGCCUGUCGUUUUUCGUCGACAUGCUGACCCAUGGUGAGGCCCAGCCGAACUCGGACACGUUUGCGGGGGCCCUCGCUUGCUGCGCGGGGGUGGGCGCGUUGGCCCACGGGCGGGCCUCGCACGCGCUCGCUACGCGCCGGCUCGCGGGCCGGGCCGCCGUGGUGGGGACUGGCCUUGUCCACAUGUAUGCCAAGUGCGGGAGCCUGGAGGCCGCAUGGAACGUGUUUGAUGUCAUGGAUGACGUGAAGGAUGCAUCCACGUGGACGGCCAUGAUUGGUGGGCUGGCCAUGCACGGGCGCGGGGAGGAGGCGGUGGCGUUGUUCGAGAGGAUGGUGGGGGAGGAGGGGGUGGCACCGGAUGGCCUUGCCUUCACUAACGUGCUGCAUGCAUGCAGCCAUUCUGGGCUGGUGGAAGCGGGGAUUAGGUUGUUCAAUGAGAUGAAAGAAGUAUAUGGGAUCGAGCCUAGGAUGGAACACUAUGGGACAAUGGUGGACUUGUUUGGGCGUGCCGGGCGGUUGGAGGCGGCAAUAGAGGUGUUGGAGUUGAUGCCCUUCGAGCCAAAUCAGGUGGUUUGGGGCUCCUUGUUGCAUGCUUGUGCAAUUAAUGGGGAAUUAGGGUUCGGGGAGCGAUUGGAGGAGCGUUUGUCGGGGUUGGGGUUAGGGUUAGGAUUAGGGAUGGUAGAGGGAGAGGAAGGUGGAUUCUUUGUAGGUGUGUCUAAUCUGUAUGCUGGGGGUGGGAAGUGGGAUGAGGUUGGAAGGGUUAGGGACAGGAUGGUGGAGAGAGGGGUGAGGAAGGAGAGUGCUGUUAGCUUGGUUGUGGUGAAUGGAGAAGUGCACAAGUUUUUGGUGGGAGAUACAAGGCACCCAUUGGCAACGGAGAUACAUAGGAUGUUGUAUGAAAUUAAUAGACAAAUAAUGUCUGAAUGA